CACACUAUCCAAAACUUAUCGAUGCGAAUUCGGUUUCCGCGAAUAUCGCGAAUAAUAUAAAGUCCUUAAGUGAACGGUGGGCAUUUCGUGAAUAAAAUUUCGUAAUAGCGUAACGACCGUAGACAUCGUCAAAGCAAAACGCACAUCACCCACGGAGAGUGAAAGCAUUUCAACAACGCGAAUUUUCAAAGAAGGAAAGAAGGUAACAUGAAGAUAAAAAUUCUUGCCGUACUGGCAGCCAUUCUGCUGGCCAGUGUUAUUGCUGCCCAAGGAUCGGAAUCAUGGUCAUGGAAUAAGCAAGAACCAAUAGCAGUAACCGAUGGUGAUGCCGAUCGCCGUUCUGAUGAAACCCCGGCCGAGAAAAAGGCUCCCGAAAUUAAUGAACCGGCCAAACCAGAAGGUGAAGGACGACAUCUUUACAGCGAUCAAGAAAUUUACAGCAAUGAUACAUCCGUCGAUGAAGUCAUAGAUUACAUUCUAGAUUCCUCACGACAAGGUCGCAAUUUAGAUGGUUACGAUGAAGUAUAUACCGAUCCCAAUGUUCAACAAGCCCUUCAAAGAGGAGACGAUGCAGAAGCCCGAAAUCUUAUUCGUGAAAAACUCUGCAGUUUGGGUUUGAUGCAAUGUGAUGAAGUUCAAGGCAAACGACCAUUCGGACCACCACCUGGCUAUUACCACGGUGCACCACCUCGUGGACCAUAUGGCCCUCCAAGACCGAUGCCACCUCCAAGCAAAUUUGGACCAGGACCAGGAUUGAAUUCUUUUGGACCACCACCAUCUAAAUUCGGACCUCCACCACCACCACCCGGUAAAUUUGGACCACCUCCACCACCUGGACCAGGAAAAUAUGGACCACCACGAAAAGUUGGUUAUGAAGGACCUCCAACUAAGCCAUUCCCAGGACCAGUUUAUCCAGGACCAUCUUUCGCCAACACUGACUAUGAAUUCACCAAACCUCCUCCAGGAGCUAUCAUUUACGGUUCCAAACCACCAGGCCCGAUCAUUUCAGAAUCUGAACCACCAUUUGCUUUCGAAUCAUUUGGCGAAAAAAUCCAUCACCAAAGCUCAUUUGAACAACACUCAGACGGCCACUUUGGAGCCGAGAAACCAACUAUCGUAGUAAACGCCCAGGGCGGAGCAGCUGGUGCAACGAAUGGCGCUCAAAAUGUUCCAGCAACUCCACUACAACAACACGUUCAUCAUCAUUUCCAUCACGUAGAUGGAAGUGAUAAGAUUCCAAAUGUGCCUGUCCCAUUAGCAGUUGGCAAUGGAAUAGCAGGAGAUUUUGCAUCAAUCAGCGGUUCAUCUGGGUAUGAUCUCAAAUCGGAAUCUUCUUCCUUCAAUGCUGGUUUUGACGCAGCUUCCAGUACUGGAUCUUUGCUUUCGGGCGGUUUUAAUGGAGUAAAUUCUGGCAAGGGACCAGCUCCUGGUGGUCUUUACACCUCAAUCAAACCAAUUUCUGAAUCCGGAUUCAACCCUAAUAUCAAUGGAGGACUUGGAUCUUAUGCUUCUGGCGCAUCAUUCAAUGGUCAAAAUGGUGGAGGAUUUAGUGGCGGAAGCUUCAGCCAAUCAAGCUCGUCUGGUUUCUCCGGCGGUAAUGGCUUCUCCGGUAGUAAUGGCUUCUCCGGUAGUAAUGGUUUCUCCGGUAGUAAUGGCUUCUCCGGUAAUAACGGCUUCUCAGGCAAUAGUGGAUUCAACGGAGGUUUCGGAGCAAGUGGAAGCGGAAACGGAGGCGGAAGCUUCCAUUCGUCUAACUCAGGUUAUUUCAAAAAGGAGUUGAAUGUUAACGGAGCCAACGGAAAUAACGGCAUUUAUGGUUAUGGAGAUGGAGGCAAAUUCGGAUCCCAAAUUAAUGGACAGUACAGUCAAUUCAAUAAUGGUGAAUUAUACCAAGGAUUCGAAACUGCGCGUCAAGGAGACUUCGAUUGUGUUUGCGUAUCAUAUCAACAGUGUCCUGCUGCUGAUCGUAUUGGACGCAAAGAUGACCUGAUUCUUCCAUUGGAUCCAAGGAAUUUAGGCAAGGAUAUCGAAGCACUCAGCGAUGAUGCUGCUGCUGGAAACGCUACCAAUGUCAAUACUGCCAAACCCGAAGGAGAACAGAAACCUGUAGAUGCUGCUGCUAAGAAAAUCUCAAAACGUGACGUAGCGGAAGUUCAAGAGAAAGUUUCGGAAGAUGCCAUCGAGAAUUCUGCGGAUACGCAAGGGCGCGUGAGUAUUCCAGUAUCCCAGUACGAUUUUGCAAAACGAAAAGUUCUUCCGACAUUUGGAGUCUCCUUUGGGCUACCAUAUCCGUCUGGAGCUUAUCCUUUCAAUGCACUUGGUGGCGGAUUUCCAGCACCAAAUCAACAUUUUGGGUCAAUCGGGCCGAAUGGAUUGAGCCUUGGAUUGCUCAAUGUCAAUCCAUUAUUAUCGCUUCAAGUUACAAAGAGUGAAUAUGGCGAGAAACUUGUCAAACCGUUGGUUAAUCUUCAUGUUACCCCUAACGAGCAUUUAAUCCACAAAGUUGGUCAACUUUUCCAAGCGAAAAAAGAAGUUUUCCUCAAUCAACAUGAACACUAUCAUCAUCAUUCUCAUCAUUCUCAUCAUGCUUAUCCUCCACCACCACCGAUAUAUCAUCCAGGACAUCAUCACCCUCAUCCACCACAUCAUCACUAUUCUCAUGGUGGGCAUUAUCCAUCAGGACCUGAAGUCUAUUCGGAAACGGUGCCUACCUUUGAGGCUGGCAGUUAUGGAUUCCCUGAGCCACACUAUAAAGAUAGUACAGGCUUUGAAUCAGGAGGACCACCAUUUACCAGUAUUGCUGACGGUAGCAAUCAUUUGUAUCCUGAAUAUAGUGGAAGUGAAUACUUCAAGCGAAGCUUCAAUGAAUCCAGUAGAUUUGCAUUCCCCUCAUCAGGAUAUGCUGACCAAUAUAAUUAUGACUUCCAUGGAAGGCAACAGAAAGGAUUCGAUUUCAAUGAAAAUCCUCAAAGUCUAACAAGACCAAUUCCUACUCCAGCUCCUGGACACGCAGCCGGUGGAAGAAAUAUUGCGUUCCCCAAUAGCCGAAGGAAACGUAGCCCUGAAAUGGAUGAGUCUGACAAAGAUGUUUUAAUUUCCAAGCGCCAAGCUUUCUAUGGAGGUAGGCCCCAACAGUGCAGGCCAGAUCAAGUGUGCUGCCGUCGUCCUUUGCGCCCACCUCAACAACAGCAAUAUGGAAAGUGCGGUGUACGUAACGCCCACGGUAUCACUGGUCGUAUCAAGAACCCAGUCUAUGUAGAUGGUGACAGUGAAUUUGGCGAGUACCCUUGGCAAGCAGCCAUCUUGAAAAAGGAUCCUAAGGAAUCAGUAUAUGUCUGUGGAGGAACCAUUAUCGAUGCACAACACAUCAUUACAGCGGCUCAUUGUAUCAAAACUUACAGUGGCUUUGAUCUUCGAGUUCGAGUUGGCGAAUGGGAUGUAAAUCACGACGUUGAAUUCUUCCCCUACAUCGAACGCGACGUUAUUUCGGUCCAUGUCCACCCUGAAUAUUACGCAGGAACCUUAGACAACGAUUUGGCAAUCCUGAAGUUGGAUCAACCAAUUGACUUCAGCAAAUCUCCUCAUAUCAGUCCAGCCUGUUUACCAGAUAAAUUCUCAGAUUUUACUGGCGCACGUUGCUGGACCACCGGAUGGGGAAAGGACGCUUUCGGAUCGUUCGGCAAAUAUCAAAACAUCUUGAAGGAGGUUGAUGUUCCAGUGUUGAGCAAUCAACAGUGUCAAGCUCAACUUCGUCAAACACGUUUGGGUUACAAUUACGUUUUGAACCCAGGAUUCGUUUGCGCUGGCGGUGAAGAGGGCAAAGAUGCCUGCAAGGGUGACGGUGGCGGCCCAAUGGUUUGCGAACGUAAUGGAGUCUGGCAUGUUGUGGGGGUUGUCUCCUGGGGUAUUGGAUGUGGCCAAGUGAACGUACCUGGAGUUUACGUCCGAGUUGCUCAUUAUUUGGACUGGAUUCACCAAAUUACCAGAAACUUCUAAAAUGCAAAAUGACCUAAGGAAAAUCAGAGAAUCCUACUUAAUCAAUCCUCUUGAAGACGUACAUAUCUAACGUAUUUAUUCUUAGAUUUUAAGAAGGCCAAAACAUGACUAGGUCAGAGAGUACAAUCCAUAUUGUACCAUAUCAAACAUUCUAUAAAUUAUUCUAUUUAUUAUUAUAAUUUGGCGAUAAGAAUAAUUUCUUGUAUUUUGUAGUUUUUGAUAAUACGUAUUUUAUGUGAAGUAUUAAAUUUUUUUGUGUUGAAAAUCCAGUCACAGUCAGUGAUGAGAACUUGUAUACUUCAGGAGUUCACUCCGGUGUAACGAGUCCUGGAGGAUAAGUGUAAAAUGCUUUUGCAUAUUUUUUGUAAGCAUAAAAAUCGAACAAAUGAUAUAUCGAAUGAGAAUAAAUUCUUUUGUUUAUAUGUUA